AUGCCACAGCACUCCAACAAGCCAUCCACGACGACGGUCAGCCUUGGGACGCCGCCACAACCCGUGUUUGUACAGUUGGACACAGGGUCAUUUGAGUUAUGGGUAAAUCCAGACUGCACCACAGUAUCAGGCGGUGAUGCUGUUUUUUGCCAACGGGCCGGUCGUUAUGAGUCCACCGCGUCGUCAACAGCAACCUCCCUCGGAACCACCCGGACUCUGCGUUACGGGAUUGGCGCGGCCAACAUCUCCUAUUUCACCGACACCAUUUCGCUUGCCGGGAGCCCCAUGUCACUGCAGGAUGUCCAGUUCGGCGUGGCCACCGCUUCAGUAGAUGCAUUUUCGGGUAUCUUAGGAAUAGGGUACGGGAAAGGCAUCGCCACGAGAUACCCCAACUUCGUCGACCAACUGCGGGAGCAGAAUGCGACAAGGGUCAAGGCAUACACCCUCGCGCUGGGGAGUAAGGAUGCGCAGGAGGGUGUUAUCGUGUUUGGGGGCGUCGACACAUCUAAAUUCGCCGGCAAGCUGGCCAAGCUGCCUAUCCUCCCGGCCGCCCAAGCGCCCGACGGUGUUCCUCGGUUCUGGGUUGACAUGCAGGCUCUCUCGAUUACGCCCCCGAACGGCGUUACUACGGUCUAUGAGGGCAGCAGCAUGCCUGUGUUUCUCGACAGCGGGUCCACCAUGACGCUUCUGCCUGCAAACCUGACGGCGGCCGUCGCCAGAGACUUUGGCGCCGAGUCCCCAGAUUCGAACGGAUUUUACAUGAUCGACUGCGCCUUGACGGCGUUGAAUGGAACCCUCGAUUUUGUCUUUGAUGGGGUGACCGUGAAGGUGCCCUACAAGGAGCUUACGCGGGAGGUUGCUAGCACACCGCCGUCCUGUUUCCUCGGCAUCAUGGCGAGCGACAGGUUUACGCUGCUCGGGGAUACCUUCCUGCGGUCAGCCUACACUGUGUUUGACCUCGAAACCGACUCGAUAUGGAUGACGCAAGCCACCAACUGUGGUUCAUCGCCCGCAGCACUCAGCAACAUUCAAGACCUGUCAGUAGUGGUCGGCGAGUGUGGGGCUGGGGCAUCAGAGGAUAUAGAUACCACGAGCAGCACGCAGUUUCCCAGCACGGCAGUCGAAGACUUCGAAUCAGGGGCUAUUCCCACAAGUACCGGUAGCUUUGGGCCCCAGGUCUCAGAGGUAGCUCCGCCGGACCAGGCGCGCCCUUUACCUGAAAACUCGGGACCCUCCUUGAGGGCUGCUGGGUUCAUAUGGAACUUGGGAAUGGCGGGUGCGGUGCAUUUGCUUGCGGGCUUAUGA